CUCUGAACCACGGGUUGGUUGGGCAGGCAGCGCGGCAGCAGAGGAGCCGAGGAGGAGAGCGCGCGCGCAGUGGCCAUGGCGUCGCUGUCCCUCACCGGCGUGGCAGCAACCACGACUAGGCCAAACGGCGGCGGCGGGAGAGGGCGCCGUCUGAGGGUCGCCUCCAUGGCCACCCAGAAGGGUCCGAAGCCGACGCCCAAGACCGUCUCCGGCACGAGAAGAUCGGGCACGACGGUGUUCCCGCUGGGCGAGCCCGGGCCGCGGCCGGCGACGGUGAGCGGCAAGGCGCCGGUGAAGCUGCUGACGAACGUGGAGAGGCUGCGGCUGCUGACCAAGGCAGAGCGCGCGGGGCUGCUGUCGGCGGCGGAGCGCGCGGGGCUGUCGCUCUCGGCGGUGGAGCGGCUGGGCCUGCUGUCCAAGGCGGAGGAGCUGGGCGCGCUGUCGGCGGCUACGGACCCCGGCACGCCCGGCGCGCUGCUGGCGCUCGCGGCGCCGCUGCUCGCCGCGGGCCCCGCGGUGGUGUACCUCGUCCCCGAGGAGCACGCGUGGCAGGUUGCGCUGCAGGCCGUCGCCGCGCUCGUCUGCGUCGUCGGCGGCGCCGCCGCCGUGGCCGCGUCCACGUUCGUGUCCAGGCUGCAGAGCUCGUCCGGCUGAACGCAUCUGCGCUCGAAUCCGGCGCGCGAAGCCUCUGCACUAGCUGGUAGAGUGGUAGUAGCAGAUAAAUGGGAUCGAUGUGUCGCUGCGAGACGCAUACGAGUGCAGGUUGAAUAUCGAGCAGAAGAGGCGUCAACUCGGUUGAUCUAGAGGUGUUAUUACUAUCAAAUAUGUGAUGGCCAAUGUGAGCAGUUGAUUCAGUGAAGAAGCUCUUUACUUGGUGCUGCUCUGCUAUGCACGACAAUGUAUGGUAACAAUUAACAGGGAAGGUGUAAAGUAUGUGUAUGUGCAACGCUGCAAGCCUGCAAUGUACUCAUAAAAACCAUAGGUUACCAAGGGCACCUUUUUUUUUUUUUGAAGAGUACCAAGGGCACAUUUUGGUCCUAUAGCAUCGUGCUGUCUCAUUGUUUGGCCUUGCAUUGCCAAGACAGCGCUGUAGUGAGUUUGCUCAGUUCACCUUUGUAUCAACAA